UUGUCUUGUUUGGCAAAUUUUAGUACAAAAAGAAGCAAACACGUGCGUUCGAUACAGCAUUGUUGCAGUUGAAUUGUUUUUUAUACUAAUCAAAUAAAAAACAGAAGUAUUUAAAAUGAUAUCGAUACGAGAAAGGGUCUUAAUGAAAAAAAUAAAAAAGCGUGAACAAAUGAAAAAAGAAUUGGCUAAGAAAAAAGGGAAACCGCCAAAUAAUUUUGAUUACAUACAACAAUCGGUGGAUGCAGAUGAAGAGGUCAAUCAAGAUAUAUCGCCUAUAAAUAAAUCAAAAAAAGGCAAAAAGCAAUCACAAAGAGAAGUCGUGAACUCUGACUCGGAAUUAGACUCCGAUGAAUCAAAUCAAAAUGGUGAUAGCAUAAAUGAAGACAGUGAAAUGUCGGAUUCAGAUGAUGAAGCACCUACAGCAGUUGUUAACAAAAAUCCCAAACAAAAUAAUGUAGCACAAGUUGGAAAACAUAAAACCACAAAUGAUGUAAAAGAUUCAAAUGAAGAUGAUGAAAAAAGUACACUUAGUUUUGAAGAAUUAUUAUCUCAACGUGAUCCAAAUGAUCGUUCAUUUGCUUCACUUAAAGGAAUACUAACUGAAGCAACAUUGAAGGCAAUUUUAGAUAUGGGUUUUACUGAUAUGACUGAAAUACAAUCAAAGUCAUUGCCUCCUUUGUUAAGAGGUCGAGAUUUAGUUGGUGCCGCACAAACUGGCUCAGGGAAAACAUUAGCUUUUCUUAUACCCGCUGUUGAGCUUAUUUAUAAAUUGCGUUUUAUGCCACGCAAUGGCACAGGCGUUAUUAUAAUUUCACCAACGCGUGAAUUAUCUAUGCAAACAUUUGGGGUGCUUAAAGAAUUAAUGGCACAUCAUCAUCACACUUAUGGUUUGGUAAUGGGAGGUUCCAAUCGUCAUGUAGAAAGCGAAAAGCUUGGUAAAGGUGUUAACAUUCUGGUUGCUACACCUGGUCGUUUAUUGGAUCAUUUACAAAAUUCUCCAAAUUUUCUUUAUAAAAAUUUGCAAUGCCUAAUUAUUGAUGAAGUCGAUCGUAUCCUAGAAAUAGGGUUUGAAGAAGAACUAAAACAAAUUAUUAAUUUAUUGCCAAAAAAACGUCAAACGAUGCUGUUUUCUGCUACACAAACGGCACAAAUUGAUGCACUGUCCAGACUGGCUUUGAAGAAAGAACCAAUAUAUGUUGGUGUUGAUGAUAAUAAAGAUGUGGCGACAGUUAGCGGCCUGGAGCAAGGUUAUAUUGUCUGUCCAUCUGAGAAACGUCUGUUGGUGCUGUUUACUUUUCUGAAGAAGAAUCGUAAGAAGAAGGUCAUGGUCUUUUUCUCAUCUUGCAUGUCCGUUAAAUAUCAUCAUGAGUUAUUUAAUUAUAUUGAUUUGCCAGUUACAUCAAUACAUGGUAAACAAAAGCAAACAAAACGCACGACCACAUUCUUUCAAUUUUGCAAUGCUGCAGAGGGUACUUUACUGUGCACUGAUGUAGCUGCUCGUGGUCUUGACAUUCCACAAGUAGAUUGGAUUGUACAAUACGAUCCCCCAGAUGAUCCCAAGGAGUACAUACAUCGAGUAGGUCGUACUGCCAGAGGUAUUGGUAGUUCUGGUCAUGCAUUAUUAAUGUUGAGACCUGAAGAGCUUGGAUUUUUACGUUAUUUGAAAGCUGCAAAAGUGCCACUUAAUGAAUUUGAAUUUUCUUGGAAUAAAAUUGCUGAUAUUCAGCUGCAGCUGGAAAAACUCAUCUCAAGAAAUUAUUACUUGAACCAGUCAGCGAAGGAGGCAUUCAAGUCUUACGUGCGAGCCUAUGAUUCACAUCAAUUGAAAACUAUAUUUGACAUAAAUACUUUGGAUUUGAAAACUGUGGCAAAGAGCUUUGGUUUCUUAGUACCACCGGUGGUAGAUCUUAAAGUUCACAGUAGUAAAAAUCGUAAUCGUCCCGAAAAACGAAUCGGUGGUGGUGGUUUUGGGUACUACAAGAAAAUGAAUGAAGACAAUAAUCAAAGAAAAUUCAAACAAGUCAAUAGAGAUCAGUUGAAAAAGGGUAAAUUCAUGCGAUGAAGUAUUUGAAGUCCACUAUGGAGUAGCAUGUGAAAAGUAGUUUGAAUUAGUUAAGCAUUAUUUUUUCAAUUUUGAUUUUAAUCUAAAUAAAAUUAUGUUAAUAAAAUAAAUGUUUUUAUAUAACAAUUUACAUAAUAAAUUGCAAAAUAUUUUAUUUGU